UGUGACCCUGGGCGGAGCCAGGCGGCCGGGCAGUGGGAGGGCUCCCUGGCAGUGCUAUAACAUUAGCUGCUUUUUGCUUCCUAGUCCCGCAGCACGGUCGGUGCAUCAGGGCGGGGCCGUGUCAGUGCUUCCUCUGCCUGUCUGUGCUGUGUCUGUGCGCUUGGUGCGCCCCCUGGGCGGGGGUACGGUGGAUCCCAGUGCUGGGAGGAGGAGGAGGAGGAGGAGGAAGAGGAGAGAGGGGUCAGUAGCAGCAAAUGCAGACUUGCAGCGGUGGUUCGGCUCCUUUAUUAUUCUUUAACAAGCUGUGCCCGACCGAGCCCCCAGCCCAGCAGUAAAGAACCCUACCCCCCCCCUCUGUUCGCUACAGGCAAAGGCUCAGGCUUCCACUGCAUGAAUCCAUGGACUACAUGACAGUGUCAGAGCGCAUCCAGAUCUCAUUAGCCGUGUGUAGAAUUGGCAUUUACACGUGUUUUCGAGCACUCUGUUGUAAGGGUCCUCCGCCACCGCGGCCCGAAUAUGAUAUUGUUUGUAUAGGACUGACAGGCUCCGGCAAGACGAGCCUACUAACACAACUGUGCAGCGAGAGCCAAGAAAACAUUGUGCCUACCACAGGUUUCAGCAUAAAAGCAAUUCCUUUCCAGAGUGCCAUCCUGAAUGUAAAAGAACUUGGAGGGGCCACCAACAUCAGGAAGUACUGGAGUCGCUACUACCAGGGAUCCCAGGGUGUGAUAUUCGUGCUAGACAGUGCCUCGUCCGAAGAUGACCUCGAAACUGCCAGAAACGAGCUCCAUUCAGCUCUGCAGCACCCACAGUUAUGCACUUUACCCUUUUUAAUACUGGCCAACCACCAGGACAAGCCAGCAGCUCGCUCAAUACAGGAGAUCAAGAAGUAUUUUGAACUUGAACCACUUGCACGUGGGAAACGUUGGAUUCUGCAGCCAACAUCACUGGAUAACAUGGAGGCUGUGAAAGAUAGCUUCUCAAUGCUAAUAAAUUUAUUAGAUGAGCGAGAGCCAGAGCCAAUUCAAAUGUGAAGCUCUUGAAGGGGGACGUCGUCCAUAGUGAUCGCCGCGCUGGCUGCUGCUUCUUCUCCAACAGAAACUGAACUUGAGUGGAAUUUCAAUUGUGUGUCUUUGGGCCAAGCUGGAGUUUAGGUUGGAAAAUCUGAUAUGAGCGCUUUGAUUUUUAUGCCUUACAGCUGUUUUACUUGGCGUUAAACCCAAUAGGUAAAUAAGGUCUGAUGUUUACUUUGAGCAGCAAUGCCACCUAGCCAGCCUCUGUUUCAGAGCUCAUCCUCUAAGCGCAGCUUGUAGGGCAAAUAGCUGUGUCUUUAUUGGGUAAAAAAAGCUUUGGAGACCCGCUCCACUUCACAUCUCAACCUGUACCAAAUAUUCUGCUGUGUAUACUCCUGAGUAGCCUUGCCACAUUUACAGUCUAUAAUACACAUCUUUUAUUCUUUAGUAUGUGGCGGUGCCUAGGUGGAUGGAAAACUUUAUAUUGGGGAGCCAUUUUUCGUUUCUCUCCGUGUCUCUUCCUGGAUCAUGCUUCUCUCUACCCAAGUCAUUUAGAAAUCCAUUUAGGUUGUUUAACCAGUCACUGAGUUCUUAACUAACCACUUUUUUUAACUUCUAUUUCCCAAGCAUCUGAUCCAUACUGAAUGGAAAUAAAGAGCUACAUUACUUACCUUUGCUCAGCAUUGGACUGGGCUGCUGGGGCAAAACCCUGGUGGGCCUCGGCGGCCCAGACCCAAUCCCGACAGGGCACUCCACUGACCUGCCAGUCUCCCUCCCCUGACGCGGUGUAGGUAAAUUUAAUUUAAGCGCUCGGGCGAGGGAUUUGGGCGGGUGUUGGGACGCCCCUGCUAGAGGGUGGGCGGAAGCCUCGGUUGGCCCUGCACCCCCCAGUCCGACCCUGCCUUUGCUGGCAGUCAUAUUCUACUACAGUGCAGAGACAGCAAGGUGCUUUUAUGUACAAGGGGCCACAUAAGGACAUGGCUGCUCUAUUUGCUAAAAAAAAUAAAUUAGAGCCAUUCAUUCAUCUUUAACCCCCCCAAUUCCUGUACUACUGAGCCCAUUCUAUGCCACUAGUCAGCUAAUCAUUUCCUUUCCCCUCUGCCGUCGUCUUUCCAACAAAUGACAUAUCAUAUUGUAUAGUACUGUUUUUAUAGACCUGGUUUUAUUGAGGGAUACGGUAGCAUUGAAUUACCACAUUUUACAAAUUUUAUUUUAGUUUUAUUAGUAUCUUUUUUUUUUUUCAUUUAUAUAUAAAUGUCUGUAAAUAACGAAUUGCCCGCUUGGGGGAAAUGUUAGUUGUAACCUUGUUGUUAGCCUUCCACGUGAGAGCUGGUGUUUUUCUCUACAAUCCGUAACAAUAGCGACAGUGUUAAUAACAAGAAAAGAAUGAAUAAAAUACAUUUCUAAACUGACAUUUGCCAAUGUAAACAAAGUUUUUUUUAUGCUAGAUAUUAAAAAAAUUUCAAAAAGCACAUUUUAUGAAUCUUAAUGGAAAAAAUAUCUUGAUGUAUGCUCAUGAUCAAUAUGGGAAAGUGACCUCAAUGGCUAUCACUACAGAGUGUGUUAAUAUUAGUGUUUGACCCGCCUACAUGGGGCCCACGUGUGCUCACUGUCACUGUGCAAACCUGGUUAUUUUGUAUUAAAAAAGAACAAUUAUUGCUGUAUUUUCUUUCUAAACUGUGAACUUUAAAUGGCAUCAAUGUUAAAAAAACACAGCUAAUUAUAUAAAAUAAUAUUGUUUUUUCAAAGUUCUAUGAAGGUUUUUUGUGCUGUUUGUACCUAAAAUAAAAGAUAGAGUAAGUUUUUCUGAAAUAAGUCCGUAUUGUGCGUACUCUGCUCAUACUGCUUAGCCAAACGCUCCUCCUCGUGUCUCUCAUGGCUUAUUGUCUAAUGAAAUAAGGAGACACUUUCCAUGUCGUACUCUUAAAUGGUUUUCAAUUCUUUUUGCAAGUAGAAUGUUUUGUAUCAUUUAUUAAAGUGUAUGUUAUACAGAUCUCUCUGCUGCCUAUAAGGAAGGCUCUGCCACUUCUGGAUGUUCUUUUGUUUAUAAAUGAAUGUACAGGUAUGGGAUCUAUUAUGCUUGGGACCUAUCAUUUGUAUUACCGUACCUUAAGGCUUCUAAGACCUUAAAUCAUCUAAACCUUAAAUCAGGGGUCCUCAAACUAUGCAGGCCGUGUACAGCCCCCCGCAGUCAUUUACCCUUCUCCCUGCCCCUGCGCGUCACCUCGCGUAACCCCCUCCCCAAUACUUACCACUCCCCGCUGGCUCUCAGGUAGGAGAGCACUAUUUGCAAUGGGUGGGGGACCUUCUGAAGAUUUUUUUUGUGGCUUGGCCCAGCACUGAGUAUUUAUGGGCCACUGCCAGUGAUAGGCCAGGAAUAAAACUAGUAGUUUUUUCAAAACUAUAGUCCAGCCCCCUAACAGUCUGAGGGGCCAUGUACUGGCCCCCUGUUUAAAAAAUUUGAGGACCCCUGCACUUAAAUGGACCCAAUAGGAUUGGAUAGCAAUUUGGAUUCAUGUAGCUUAGUUAGGAUACCAUAUUAGCUCUUAUUAUAAAAGAGAAAAAGGAUAUCAUUUUUAAAAAUUAGAAUUAUUUACCUAAAACAGAUUCUAUAAGAGAUUCCCUUCCUAUAAUUCACAGCUUUGUUGAUAAUUGGUUUCCAGAUAAGGGAUCCCAUGCCUGUAUUUCAAUCCUCAAGUUCUCAUCUAAAAGCACACGUCAGUUAAUGGUAAAAAUAUAAAUGAAAAAUAUCCAUAGCCAAAACUGAUCAGUAGUGCUACUUCAAUUUAUAAUGAUGACAUUUUUUAGUAUCUUUAUAUAGAAUCAGCAUUUUUAGGAAAAUUGUUUUUUUUUCCACAGCAGGUGACGCAGCCCCUUUAAAUGGAGACUAAGGUAUAAGGGCUUAGUUUAUUGUGUAUAGAGAAUAUAAAUAUAGUAUAUAGUAUAGUAGUCAGCACAACAAGUCGGUAAUAUUUUCAGCAUUGCACAUUCACCAACGGCGGCCACUUUCCACUGCUGCUCAAUAGGAAACUAGACUUGACCAGCACCGCAGUAAUGAAUCCAUUGCACUGAGUUUGCAAAAAAGGCGUUUUAAUGGAUUAAUUACUGUGGUGCUGUUCCAAGUUAAAUAUAUAUAUAUAUAUUUUGGGGCCAUAUUGCUUUCCUUACCUGAAAAAUUCACACAGUAGCUGCCACAUUAUCCAUUGCUGGGCACUAGAUGGUGCUGUUGCUAAGACGUCUUCGGAAUAUACCUCAGUUGAGGAAAUAAAUAUGGCAGCUUUUAUUACAUGAUAUAAAAACCAAUAGGAUUGUUCUGUAGACAAAAGAAAUUAGGUUGUAUAUUAAGUAUUAAUAUAUUUCUUAUCUAUAAAGUGGAAAUCAAUUCCUAAAGUUUAGCAGUAGUAUCUUUUUAAUAAGCUAUUUAACUUGCACAAUGGCUUAACCAUUUUGUUUCAAUAUUUUUUUUUUAAUUAGGUUUUAAUGUCAACCCACUGUUCCAAAAAAAGUUCCAAUGAGCAGAAAAUUCUUUUACAUACAAGAUCAUUACACACAAAAUAAUGUUCUUAGGAUAUUGUGGGCCAAUAUUGCUCGGCCAUCUGUUAAAAUGCUCUCUGGUUGUGCUGUAUGUGUUCAGAAGUGUCUGCCUUGAGCGUCGUCUUGUUUCUUAGACCUGCAACUGCCUGUUAUGGUGCAUUUCAGCAGCCACAAGGAAAACACUAUCAAUCACUAACCAACGGCAGCUGUUUUUGACAAGCUUCUGUCUGACGCCUAAUGCAUUACAACUGUCAGCAAGCCUCUGUCGUUGUCUACCAGAUCUAAGCUGCCCGUCUUGCCCUUUCUUCUUUUUUACAUUAGAGUGCGUCACUUACGUACAACUCUAGAAUUUGAGACAUGUUUUAGAAGUCGCCAUUGAUGUGUGUGUGAGACUCCUCUCUCUCUGCUGCCCAUUGUGCCAUAUCCGUUGCUGACCCAAACCUUUACUGUUAUUAUUGUAGCACAGUGUAUUUCAUUGUAUUUAUACAAGUGACCGAUUUUUGUAACCUGUUAGUUAGGGCAGUUUCUCUUUUGUAAUGGCCAUUAAUUUAUAUAUAUAUAUAUAUAUAUAUAUAUAUAUAUAUAUAAAAACUUUGUAUCUUUAAUAGUUGACUGUAACAUUUGUUCAUUAUCUGUAAUAUCCAGAAUUUAUACUAAAUUUACUAUUCCUGUAUGAUAUGGAUGAGUAUAAUUGUGGGAAAGUGCCACAGAAAUACGUGCGUGCUGUGAUCAUUAAUGAUAUCCACAAUGUAUAAAAAUAAAGGGGAAUGUACCAUUAAACGA